GGAAAUCGUUCUAAAUUUUUUGACAGUUGUGUUUGUGUUUUGUGUGCUCUGACAACAAGGAGUGAUGUCAAAAUAUUGAGUUUUUCCUUUUAAAAAUAAAAUGCCCAUAUUUUUAAGUGUUUUCCUAUAAGAUUAGUGUUGUGUUAUUGUGUUCCAAUUAUUUAACGUUAAAAAAACAAUUUCCUGAACAAUUUAAGUGUUUUGUGAAGUGCUGGAGUAAGAAACUGGGACACAUUUUGGAGAUUAUGGAUUUGAUGGCCAAUUUCUAGUUUGCUUGAAAACAUAGGUAUUUAGAAAAAGAGUUCCAGAUUCGAAAAUCAUGCAGCGUGGUCUGCAUCGGAUAGGAGGCUCGGCCAAUAAUUCCUCGUCAGAUCUACCGGGGUCCCUUUUGCGACCCCAUAAUCGUCCCUACGACGGUAAAAUAGCCGGACUCUACGAUUUGGAAGAAACGUUGGGCCGCGGUCAUUUUGCUGUCGUUAAACUUGCCAGGCACGUUUUUACCGGCGAAAAGGUAGCCGUUAAAGUUAUUGACAAAAGUAAGCUGGAUGAGGUGUCCAAAGCACACUUGUUUCAAGAGGUGAGGUGUAUGAAACUGGUGCAACAUCCUAAUGUGGUUAGAUUGUACGAGGUCAUCGAUACGGCUACUAAGUUGUAUUUGAUUUUGGAACUGGGUGAUGGAGGUGAUCUUUACGAGUACAUUCUCAGGCAUGAUCUAGGUUUGCCUGAGGAAAAAGCCAAAGAUUAUUUUAGACAAAUUGUACGAGCAAUAUCCUACUGUCACCAGUUGCACGUGGUGCACCGCGACUUGAAGCCCGAAAAUGUGGUUUUCUUCAAAAAAUUAGGCAUAGUGAAGCUGACCGAUUUCGGUUUUAGUAAUAAAUUCCUUCCCGGUCAAAAAUUGGAAACCUCUUGCGGCAGUUUAGCUUAUUCCGCUCCAGAAAUCUUAUUGGGCGAUUCCUACGACGCACCAGCAGUUGAUGUUUGGUCAUUGGGUGUCAUUCUUUACAUGUUAGUUUGUGGACAGGCCCCGUUUCAAGAAGCCAACGAUUCUGAAACUCUUACAAUGAUUAUGGAUUGCAAAUAUAACGUGCCUCCUCAUGUUUCUCAAGAAUGCAGAGAUUUAAUAUCAAGAAUGUUGGUUAGAAAUCCAGAAAAACGAGCCACUCUAAAAGAAAUCGCUACUCAUUUUUGGCUAGCCAAUGGUAACGAAGAAAAUACAGCAACUGAAGCUUUGACGUUGCCCUUGGUAUCUAGAGAGCACCUGUGCGAAGAAGACCACAAUUUCAUAGUGCAAAAAAUCGUAAACGGCAACAUAGCGACCAAAGAAGAAAUACAAGAAUGCUUGGACAAGAACGAGUACAAUCACAUAACGGCCACUUACUAUUUGUUGGCCGAAAGAAAGUUGAGAUCCAAAAGGUUGGAUUUGGUCAAUAGGACUAGGAGACCUGAGAAUUUGGCUGUAAACAAAAAUUCAGGACCUCCUAAGAGGGAGAACGGAGCUGGAGCUCCUAAUCAGACUACUUUAUUGAACGUGCCAAGAACUCCUGGAGAUUUACCUCAGAGAGCUCGCAAAUGUAGUAUAGUUCAAGAAGACGAAGAAGAAGAAGACAUGCCCUCGUGUUCAGGAAGAGAAGAAUUAGGUCCGCCCCUUAACAGACGCGGUUCCAGAUCAGAAGGCAGACUGAAUUUAGCGUUGCAAGAACGUUUGGCCGACAGCGAACGCCGCAAACCGGACAAAAUUCCGGACAAACCGCCCACGCCCAAGCCUUCCGUCAGACGCGACUGGCAGGCCAUUAAAAGUUCCAGCGUUUGUGAACCGGUGACCGAAGCUGACGUCGUUACCACCACCAUUAUUACUGAUUCGUCUACAAUUACUAUUCCUAUUAUUACUACUAGUGCGCCAGUGGAUUGUUCUGGGUUGCCUAAGUAUAAAACGAUGCCGUCACCUACUAGAAGCAGUAUUGGUACAAACCUAAACGAAAUCUUUGAAGAAGGCCACGAUGCAUUGCAAGAUCCGACUAAACCUCAUUCCGGUACAAGGUUUGUUAAACGAACGCCCUACGAGCAGCGCAAAAGCAAAUUUCACAAAUCUCGGACAGCUUCGUGCAGUUCGUCUGACGCCAGCGACGACGACAGCGAAAAAAGAAAAAAAAGAGCGCACAAAUUGAAUCCUGCUGCACCUACCAAGCCCUUCCAAGGACGGAGAGAUAGUUAUGACGAUAGUAGCGAUUCACAGGAACCAGGUACUGCUGGGACUGGUACUGGACGCGACCAACCCCUAGGUGGCGCUACUACGACAAUUUCAACAAAUUCAGGCAACACCAACAACAGCCAGCAAAGUGACAAAGGCAGCGGCACAAACAACGACGGAGGCAGGAAAAAUACUUCAACCGGCACAGCGAUGUUGGGGCGACGUCACAAAGCCAGCAGAAGACGUAACGGCGAAACUAGACUGAGAGAAAGUCAAUCGUUGAAUCGCAUCACCGAAGUGCAAGAGGAUAAUACUCACGCUUUGGUCAUAUCGACUACAGUAGUUGGCACUCACGGGCCUUUGACUCCUAAAGUUAAAGGCCUAGGAGCCAGGAUUUUACAAGGCUUGUCGAUGUCGACCAAAAAAUCUAGCCAAGAGGACAAGAGCUGUCAUCACAUAUCGAGAAAGGACACUGUCAAAACGCCAGAUGCUGAAGCGAAAAUAGUGCAAACAGAUAAGAAGAAAUUGAGGAUUCUUGGGAAAUAUUUUCAAGUCCACAAAAAGUUGUGCAUUCCGCUUCCAGUCAUUUUCAACAAAAACAACAGGCUGUACAAGGCGCAGUCUUGUGGAUCUCUGGUCCGCGACAAAAUCACCAAAAACGAACCAGUUUUGAGAUGUAGACAGCGAGCAGUGAGCGUGUUUCCUAACAGUCUCGGCCCGAACGAAAUUAACCAAAACAAAAACGAGGUUCGAAGAAAAUCGGCUACAGUAGUGCAACUAAAUAAUGUCUGCAAUGAAUUGACUGGUAUCUGCGCUAUUCAUUUGGGCCAAACUUCAAAGUGCAGCUUUUGUUGAUCCUUCACUUACAAUUGAAGCGUAAGACUGGUAUUAAUUUAUUUGUUUUGGUUGUAUAGUCUUAAUUUAAGCACCAAAGAAAUAUGAUGACAUUGCAGGUUUUGUGCUCAACAACAUUAUUAUUGUCAGUUGCAAUUUUUUCUAAUUCUGAUGUUAGACAAUUUAAAGUUUUAAAUGGUAAAUAUUAGGAAAUCGCCCUUGUAUGUUAGAAAGAAAAUCGAAAAGAUAACAAAAAAAAAAAAACAAAGUAAAUGUUACAUUGUUAUAUAUAAAUGUUGUUAACGUCCCCCUCUUUCCCUUGUUUCGAUUUUGACUGUUGUAGACAUAGACCUAAUACUAUUUAGUGAAAUUCAAUAGAUGAUUUAAGAUUUAAAUAAUGGUGUCAAAAGAAAAAUCUUACAAUUUAGUAUAAUGUAAAUUUUUAGUUUUUCAUAAUGGUUGCUUUAUGUUGUUUGAAACAAUAGGUAUAAAAUCUUACAUUUUACACAACCAACCAUGGAGUAUUAAAUUUCACCCUCAAAUAAUAAUUAUUAUUGUAUAUUCUUAGAUUAUUUGUAACUUGAAAGACUGAUUUCUACUUUUCUGCUAGCCAAAGGUUCUCUUUGUGUAUCUGCGUUUAUUCUCUUUAUAUUGUAGCUAUUUUUAUCAAGAACGCAAAUAAUCUAAAAUUGUUUUUUCUAUGUAAAUAGCUUCAAAACCAAACAAUGUGCAAUAGCUAUAUACUUAAUAUAAAUCUUUAUACUGAUUAUGAGUGGACCAUCCAAACAUGAUCUACAUCAAGAGUAAUUUCAUAAACCUAUAGCAGAAAUAGCUAUUGAAUCUUGGUAAUGUCAUACUCUAAAAAAUAUAAAAUCUUGAAAUUACCUCAAUAAUGACUUUUCUACAUUGGAUUGGUCCACUGGAUUUUGCUUCAAAAGCCAAAUUUCUACAUAUUGAUAUAUCUUCGAACACAUUUAUUGUAAUUAUAAAUAAUUAUCUUAGAAAUUAUAUUUAAUAGAGUUGUAUAUCUUUUUAGGAACCAAAUGAUUUUAUUACUUUAUAGAUAGAAGCUAUUAAUUAUUAUAUCAAUUUGUUGAAAAAAUAAAAAGAUGAUAGCCUUUUUUUGCGUAUGUGCUGUGCACAAUCAAAAUUGUCUUUUUGUUAGUUGCCUAUCGGGUUUUGUGUGUAUUUGUUAGUUGUAUAAGGGGUGUUUAAUUUUGACACCCUGUAUUUUUUCUAGGCACUUCACUCUUUUUAUUGUAAUAUUUAUUAAUUAUUUCUAACAUUUUAUUUGUUUAGUUAUUACAAAAUUUUGAGGGAGUCCUUAUAGAGCGGGCGGAAAUGACUUUUUUGCCUAUACGUCAUCAAGUUAUUGGGUUUCUUUGCAAAUUGUAGUUUGAGUUGAGACUCGAGAGAAGGCAAAGUCAUUUCAACCCAAAAUAGAGUAGUAAAUUUUAUGAAAUUUCAAAAAGUUUUCUUUUAGAAAACUUUUUGGUUUUUCAAAUCUGUGUCCUGUAGAUGCUAUCAUUUAUGUCAAGCGGGUCUUGAGUCAAUGAUAGAGGUGUCAAUCUAUGCAAACUCCCAAUAUCUAAAAUACAUAUUUACUUAUUAUAAAUUGGAUU